AUCCACUGCAAGAGUGCCAUUUUUCCCAGAAAUUCUGAAGAACAGAAUCAUCAUAUUUUUGUUCUUCUCUCUCCUAAUUUUCUCUCUAAAAUUAACAAAAAAGAAGAUUAAAAAUGGAGGCUUUUUACUACUUAGUUUUUGGAUCUCUUGCUGCUGUUGUUGCAGUACUUGAGCUUAGCAAAAGCAACAAAGAUCGCAUCAACACUUCCUCUGCUUUCAAUGCUUUCAAGAACAAUUAUUGUCUCGUUUAUUCUCUUAUGAUGGCUGGCGACUGGUUGCAGGGUCCUUAUGUAUACUACCUCUACAGUACAUAUGGCUUCGGAAAAGGGGAUAUAGGACAGCUAUUUAUUGCCGGUUUCGGAUCCUCCAUGUUAUUUGGGACAAUUGUUGGAUCGUUGGCUGAUAAACAGGGACGGAAGAGGGCAUGUGUGACUUAUUGUAUAACCUACAUCCUGAGCUGUAUCACCAAGCAUUCUCCUCAGUACAAAGUCCUGAUGCUAGGUCGAAUACUAGGAGGCAUCGCCACAUCACUGCUAUUUUCCGCAUUCGAGUCAUGGCUUGUUGCUGAGCACAACAAGAGGGGCUUUGAACAACAAUGGCUGUCUGUAACUUUUUCAAAGGCAAUUUUCCUUGGGAAUGGUCUUGUUGCUAUUCUUUCCGGAUUGUUUGGAAACCUACUGGUGGAUACAUUCAGCUUUGGGCCUGUAGCGCCCUUUGACGCUGCAGCAUGUCUUCUUGCUGUAGGCAUGGCCAUCAUUUUAUCAUCAUGGACAGAAAACUAUGGAGAUCCUUCAGAGAAUAAGGAUUUGCUUACACAAUUCAAGGGUGCUGCAGUGGCUAUUGCUUCUGAUGAAAAAAUCGCUUUACUUGGAGCCAUCCAGUCCUUGUUUGAGGGUUCUAUGUACACCUUUGUAUUCCUCUGGACCCCUGCCUUGAGCCCAAAUGAUGAGGAAAUUCCCCAUGGGUUUAUUUUUGCCACUUUUAUGCUGGCUUCAAUGUUGGGGAGCUCUAUUGCAUCUCGACUUCUUGCUCGUUCGUCUGUUAGAGUCGAGAGCUAUAUGCAAUUAGUUUUCUCCAUCUCCGCUGCCUCUCUCUUGCUACCGAUUGUGACUAAUUUCCUCGUGGAGCCCUCAAAGGAGAAGGGUGGUGGCAUCUCAUUUUCGGGCUGCAUCCAAGUUAUUGGCUUCUGUGCUUUUGAAGCAUGUGUGGGAAUAUUCUGGCCAUCCAUCAUGAAGAUGAGGUCCCAAUAUAUCCCUGAGGAAGCUAGGAGUACCAUUAUGAACUUCUUCCGCAUUCCUCUCAAUAUCUUCGUUUGCAUUGUUCUAUAUAACGUGAACGCUUUUCCAAUCACUAUCAUGUUUGGCAUGUGCUCAAUCUUCCUCUUUGUGGCCUGUAUAUUGCAGAGGCGACUCAUGGUCAUCUCUGAGAAGCCUAAAACAGAAGCUUAUGCACUCAAGGAAAGAGAUCAUGAAGCUGAGCCAUUGAACAUCUGAGCAUGAAAACAAGAGGAUGAGAUACUGAGAUAGAUUCAUAGCUACGAAAUACAAUUAAAAUGUCAUGACAAAGUUCCUGGCAGUUAUACGUCACAGUAGCAUAUUGGCGGUUGAAUGGUGAUCAUUUUGAUAAGGAUUAGUUUUGCUGCUCCACACGCGAGUAAAAAUAUACCGACAUACAAGGUACUUCAGCACUUUCAAAAGCAUUAUGCAGUUGUUCCGUCUGGACAACUGUUCACUGAUGUCAUUAGGAAGCAAUUCUUUGGCCCUAUGUCUUUUCCUCUCUCCUAUCAAGAAGUUGAAGGAGGAUGGGGAACUAAUGCGGGUUUUUCAGUUUUCUAUUUCAUUAGGCUCCAAAUUUAAGCAGUAUAAUAGUUUUCAUAGAACGCUAUAGCGUAUUGUUGAUCUGUACAAGCAAUUUUUGCGCAAAUGUCUAGAGUUAAGUAGUACUCCGAAGUUGGUCACAAAAUAUUGUUUGUUGCUUCUUUAAUACAGAGCUAUUGAAAAUUUUCAGAAUUUAUAAAUUAUCUUCGUAUCUGUGUUGAGA